AUGCCCCCGGCCAGAAUCGGCCCAGCCACCGCCCUCAACGGCUAUGGUCUCUUGGUCGAUAAUAUCGACUUCGACAAGGAGAUGACGAUGGAUUCGAAGAGCGGGCGCCAUCAGCUCCGACGCGGCUGCGGGUCACCUCAUCUGAUGCGCCUUUCCGGCCAAGAUGGUCAAAAGCACCUUUUUCUCCACCGGGUUCAGCCCAACGUGCUAAACAACGAAAGUUUUCUCGUACUCGGGGUCGAGUACAUCCUUCCCCUCGAGUGUCUACUGGCGAUUCGCCAUAUGUCCGAGUUUCCUGCAACUAUAGCAGACGUUCCUGCCUACAAAACACUCUCCUUUGUGUCCCUUGCUGCAGGUGCCGCAUGGUAG